UAAUUUAAAAUUUUGUUCACACGAAACUGCUAUUACAGUACGGUUAUUUAUUCUGCGCGUGUGUUCAUAUUUUUCAGUUUUCUUGCAAAUGCUGAAACUUCACGCGCGUUAAGAUGAAGUUGGUGUUAAUUGCCAUCUUCUCCAUAAUUCUUCUUGUUGAUUGUGCGCCACAACAAGGCUACAAUGAAAAUGAAAAAGACUUGUACCCUGAGAGUAAUCAAUACUAUGGGUCCAUCGAAGACAGCGAAGAAUAUGAUAAAGGAGAAACCAUAGAUUACAAUAAAGAUAAUAAUGAUAGCGGUAACCGACGCGACAGAAACCAAAAUAGAGACUAUGGCCGCGAUUACCAAAGAGGUGAUAGAAACAGAAACAAUGACAGAAACGGCUAUGAAUAUAGAAACCAAAAUGAUGAUCUGAAUAAUUAUGGAAAUGGAAGGAACAACAGAGGAAGGGACCGCAAUCAAAAUAGAGGAUAUGGUUAUGAAAAUAAUGAAAACGAUCGAAACCACCAUCGGAAUAACAAUGAUAGGGAGAAUUAUGAUAGCGGAGAAUUCAAUUAUGGUCAACAAGGAUAUGAAAGGAAUAAUCAAGACAGAAAUUACGACAGAGAAUAUCAGUAUGAAAGAAAUCGAGGAAAUAAUGAUAGAAAUAGGGAAAAUAACAAUAAUGAUGAUGGCUACCGUCGCAGAUACAAUUACGGUGAUGAAAAUAAUGGAAGAAAUCGUAACCAGGAUAGGAAUCGAAAUAAUAAUAAUGAAAGGGAUAAUAAUUAUAAUUAUGGCGACAACGAACGUGACCAAUAUCGAAAUCGAAACAAUCAGAAUGGAGAAAAUAAUAGAAAUAGAAACAAUAACCGCAGAGGACAAUACGAAAAUAAAGGUAUAGAAAUCGAAAAAAGUAUAGAUAUUGAAACAGUUAUAUCGAAACAAAAAGGUCAAAAAGAUGGACAGAAUCAAUACAAUCAAGGUCAAGAUAAGAAUAAUUUUUUAGGAGGCGGUGGGAUCCUAAACUUUAUAAGUGAUAUAGGUCAAGAAAUUAAGGGCCAACUGAUAGGAAGUGGUGUUGGUGAAAAUGGAGGCCAAAGGAAAGGUAUUAGAUUAGAAGAGGAAAAAGAAAUCGACAUAUCACUUAAUAAAGGAAACAGUGGUCAAAAAAGUGCGGGAAUUAAGAUUGAUGAUCAAAUAAGUAUAAGUAAGGAGCAGAAAAAUUACCAGGGUAACUCAAACAAUGAAAAUCAGGAUAAACAGAACCAAGGAUAUGGCUAUCAACAAGUCGACAGUGGAAAGGAAAAAAGUUUCAAUAUUGAAAAAGACUUAAACAUAUUCGGACAAAUCGCUGGUAUAGAAAAGGGUAUACGGUUUCAGGAAAAAGAUGAAAUCGAUCAAUUUUCUAAUACUGGAGGCCAAGGACAAGGCUACUACAACAAUGGAAAUGAAGAAUAUUGGAAUCGGCAAAGAGAUAACCAAAGAAAUAAUGGUAACUACGGGGUUCAAGGGAGGAACCGUGAUUAUCAAGAUCAAAGUGAAGAAAAUGGGCAAGUAAGUCAAAAUAAAGGUAUCCGUUUCGAGAAGGAGAAAGAAAUCGAUGUAUUCUCGAAUUUCGGAGGCCUAGGAAAAGGUAUAAGAUUUGAGAAAGAAAAAGAAAUAGAUGUUUUUUCAUCAAGGGGACGGAAUAAUAAUAAUCAAAAUCAAGGUACCAAUAACAAUGGUAAUCAAGGACAAGGAUACAGAGAUUACCAAAAUGAUAACAAUGGCGGCCGACAAAAUGGAGGUAACCAGGGAGGUCUAGGCAAAGGUAUAAGAUUUGAGGAAGAAAAAGAAAUAGACGUCUUUUCAUCAAGGGGUCGGAAUAAUAAUAAUCAAAAUCAAGGUAGCAAUAACAACGGUAAUCAAGGACAAGGAUACAGAGAUUACCAAAAUGAUAACAAUGGCGGCCGACAAAAUGGGGGUAACCAGGGAGAGCAAGGCAAAGGUUUAAGAUUUGAGGUAGAUAAAGAACUGGAUGUACUUGGUCUAGGCAAAGGUAUAAGAUUUGAGGAAGAAAAAGAAAUAGACGUCUUUUCAUCAAAAGGCGAAGGUAGAGAUAACUUAAAUAAUGGUAAUAACAACAAUAGAAAUCAAGAAAAUGGUAGACAACAGGGAAGAGGUAAUCAGGGACAAGGAUACAGAGAUUACCAAAACGACAGCAAUGGAGGCCAACAGAAUGGUGGUAACCAGGGAGGGCAAGAGAGAGGUUUUAGAUUUGAAGUAGAUAAAGAAAUUGAUAUCUUUUCAUCGAGAGGUCAGUCUGGUAAUGGUCAAAAUCGAGGGUCUAAUAACAAUAGAAAUCAAGACGAUAGGAGACAGCAGGGGAGAGGGAAUCAAGGACAGGGAUACAGGGAUUAUCAAAAUGAUAACAAUGUAGGUAACCGAGGCCAACAAGAUGAAAGAAACAACGAAAAAGGCUUGAAAAUAGAAAAUGAAAUUGACCUUUUUGGACAGGUCAACGGUAAAGAGAGAGGAAUUCGGUUUGGAGAAGAAAAAGAACUUGGUAUAUUUUCUAAUUCUGGAGGUCUAGGCAAAGGUAUAAGAUUUGAGGAAGAAAAAGAAAUAGACGUCUUUUCAUCAAGGGGUCGGAAUAAUAAUAAUCAAAAUCAAGGUAACAAUAACAACGGUAAUCAAGGACAAGGAUACAGAGAUUACCAAAAUGAUAACAAUAGCGGCCGACAAAUUGGAGGUAACAUGGGAGGGCAAGCCAAAGGUUUAAGAUUUGAGGUAGAUAAAGAACUUGAUGUACUUGGUCUAGGCAAAGGUAUAAGAUUUGAGGAAGAAAAAGAAAUAGAUGUCUUUUCAUCAAAAGGCCAAGAUAGAGAUAGCCAAAAUAAUGGCAAUAACAACAAUAGAAAUCAAGAAAAUGGAAGACAACAGGGAAGAGGUAAUCAGGGACAAGGAUACAGAGAUUACCAAAACGACAGCAAUGGAGGCCAACAGAAUGGUGGUAACCAGGGAGGGCAAGAGAGAGGUUUUAGAUUUGAAGUAGAUAAAGAAAUUGAUAUCUUUUCAUCGAGAGGUCAGUCUGGUAAUGGUCAAAACCGAGGGUCUAACAACAAUAGAAAUCAAGACGAUAGGAGACAGCAGGGGAGAGGGAAUCAAGGACAGGGAUACAGAGAUUAUCAAAAUGAUAACAAUGGAGGUAACCGAGGCCAACAAGGUGAAAGGAACAACGAAAAAGCCUUGAAAAUAGAAAAAGAAAUUGACAUUUUUGGACAGGUCAACGGUAAAGAGAAAGGAAUCCGUUUUGGAGAAGAAAAAGAACUUGGUAUAUUUUCUAAUUCUGGAGGUCUAGGCAAGGGUAUAAGAUUUGAGGAAGAAAAAGAAAUAGACGUCUUUUCAUCAAAAGGCCAAGGUAGAGAUAACCAAAAUAAUGGUAAUAACAACAAUAGAAAUCAAGAAAAUGGUAGACAACAGGGAAGAGGUAAUCAGGGACAAGGAUACAGAGAUUAUCAAAAUGAUAACAAUGGAGGUAACCAGGGAGGACAAGGCAAAGGCAUAAGAAUCGAGAAUGAAAAAGAAAUAGAUAUCUUUAGUUCUAAAAACCAAGGUAGCAAAGGUAAAAAUAUCGGUGGAAUAACUAUUAUUGACGACUUUAGCAUAACCAAAGAACUUGGGCGCCAAGGUAAUCAGGGAAGUAAUACUGGUAGAGACUAUGGUAACAAUGAUAACCGAAGGGAACAGGGUAAUCAAAAUCAACAAGGGCGAGGGAAUCAGGGUCGAGGCAAUCAGGGAUAUGGAGGACCACAAGGUGGAAAUGGCAAUCAAAAUAGUCAAAAUGGUCAGGGUAAUGGUAUAAACAAGGGUAUUCGUUUCCAAGAAGAAAAAGAAAUAGAUAUCUUUUCCUCACGAGGUCAAGGAGGCAAGGGACAAAAAAACAGUGGUAUCAGGAUCUCAGAAGAAUUAAAUAUAAGUAAAGGACAAACAGGUGGUCAAGGUUAUAAUGGCAAUGGGAUGACUGAAGGUAGAGGAAACCAGGGUCAGAAUAGUCAAGGCGGAAGGGGUUAUAAUAAUAAUAACGGCAAUCAAUACAAUAAUGGUUAUCAAGGGCAAGGUUAUAAUUCCAACUAUGGCCAAAAUAACAACAACAACAACCGUGGCUCAAAAGCAAAUGAAGGUUGGAGAUACCAAGAAUUUUAUUUAAACGGUAACAAUAACAACGGGAAUUAUGGUUCGAAUUAUGCCUCUAAAGGUUAUGGGAAUGGAUACGGAUACAAUUUAUAUAAUUCCCAUCCUUACGAUACAUACGGUGCCUAUGGAUCUUCAAUCUAUCCUGGAUAUGGCAAUUCCGAAAUUAAAUUAGAAAACCUUAUAAAACCGCUGCCGCAAGAUAUAUUGAGUUCGUCAGGAAAUAUAGGAGAUUUGUAUUAUCAAAACAAUACUCUAAGUUUACUGGGAAAUGAAAAUUUAGGAUACAAUCUAUACCCCGAAAGUAGUUAUAAAUAUUACUAUCCAGAAAAAUAUAAUAAUUACAACAACUAUUAUGUUUAAGACCUACAUAAUUUAGCAGGAUUAUACCGACGAGUACAAGACCUUACCCUGACACUGACUGCACGAAAAAACUCUUAAUUAUAUUUUCGUGUCCGCUGACUCGGCUUUCUGUGAAGUCAGUUGGACAACGUUUAUCAAUAUUGUACCAAUGAGUACAUUGGAAUUAAAAAUAAAGCAAUUUUAACGAA